UCCGCCCACCCUGGCUUCUCAAAGUGCUGGGAUUACAGAAGUGAGCACCAUGCCCGGCCUGCCGCAAAUUUCUUUCCCCACCAGCAAAACAACUUUGCUUUAUUUCCUUAAAAUACAGCAUCUCUUGGCCACCUAGAUGUGGAGCCCGGUAUAGACUGUGGCUCUUCUCUACCCAUGGAUUGCUCAGGGGAUGUUCCUGUCUUGUGGCAUGUCCCACCCUUUCUUUCCUUACCUCAUGCCCCUACCCUGGUUACUUCUCUUUCAUUUGGUGACUGGUUUUCCCUGCUGCUGGUCUUAACCUCCCCCUUCAUCUGUGGAGUAAAUUACAGUACUCUUGGGCAGAUCCUGAUUGAGUGACUCAGCUCCAACCUAAUUAGCAAUUCCCUAUUGCUUAGCAAGUACACAUGCCCAGGCUGGGCGUGGUGGGUGGCUCAUGCCUGUAAUCCCAGCACUUUGGGAGGCAGAGGCAGGAGGUUUGCUUGAGUCCAGGAGUUCACGACCAGCCUGGGAAACAUGGUGAAACCCUGUCUCUACUAAAAAUACAAAAAUUAGCCAGGCGUGGUGGCAUGCACCUGUAGUCCCAGCUACACAGGAAGCUGAGGUGGGAGACUCACUGGGUGGGUCUGGGAGGUCGAAGCUCCAGUGAGCUAUGAUUGCACCACUGCACUCCACCCUGGGUGACAGAGCGAGACCCUGUCUCCAAAAAAAAAGGAAAAAAAAGAAAAAACAUGCCCUGUGGCCGACCAGCUCUUCCAGCUUUCUCUUCUGCCCCGACGCCAGCCAGCUAGUCCUACUCUCCAUACCCCAAAAGGCUCUGGUGCUUUUUGGACUGACCUUUCUUGGCUCAUGUUUUCCCUGCUGCCUGGGAAGUGACCCCUUCAGAUUGCCUGUUUGAAGGGUCAGAUAAAGAAACCUGCUCAGCUCUGCCUGAACGCCUUUAUUCCAGUUCCAUUUAUUCAGCCUAUGCUAUGGAGUGCUCAUUAGCUAUUCUCACAGGGCAGGGCUGACUGGAAGCGGUGCUGUUUUAUUUGGGGCUGUAAGGAAAUGCCUUUCUGGAGCAAAGGAGGCCCAAAAGAAGUGGGGGAUUUGUGACUCAAGACAGCAGGAACAGCAAGUGCAAAGGUGCUGAGGUGUGUUUGAGACACAGUAGCAAGGCCGCAUCAUGGCAGAACAGGAUGUGGAAAAUGAUCUUUUGGAUUACGAUGAAGAGGAAGAGCCCCAGGCUCCUCAAGAGAGCACACCGGCUCCCCCUAAGAAAGACAUCAAGGGAUCCUACGUUUCCAUCCACAGCUCUGGCUUCCGGGACUUUCUGCUGAAGCCGGAGCUCCUGCGGGCCAUCGUGGACUGUGGCUUUGAGCAUCCGUCUGAGGUCCAGCACGAGUGCAUUCCCCAGGCCAUCCUGGGCAUGGACGUCCUGUGCCAAGCCAAGUCUGGGAUGGGCAAGACAGCGGUCUUCGUGCUGGCCACCCUACAGCAGAUUGAGCCUGUUAACGGACAGGUGACGGUCCUGGUCAUGUGCCACACGAGGGAGCUGGCCUUCCAGAUCAGCAAGGAGUAUGAGCGCUUCUCCAAGUACAUGCCCAGCGUCAAGGUGUCUGUGUUCUUCGGGGGUCUCUCCAUCAAGAAGGAUGAAGAAGUGUUGAAGAAGAACUGUCCCCAUGUCGUGGUGGGGACCCCGGGCCGCAUCCUGGCGCUCGUGCGGAACAGGAGCUUCAGCCUAAAGAAUGUGAAGCACUUUGUGCUGGACGAGUGUGACAAGAUGCUGGAGCAGCUGGACAUGCGGCGGGAUGUGCAGGAGAUCUUCCGCCUGACACCACACGAGAAGCAGUGCAUGAUGUUCAGCGCCACCCUGAGCAAGGACAUCCGGCCUGUGUGCAGGAAGUUCAUGCAGGAUCCCAUGGAGGUGUUUGUGGACGACGAGACCAAGCUCACGCUGCACGGCCUGCAGCAGUACUACGUCAAACUCAAAGACAGUGAGAAGAACCGCAAGCUCUUUGAUCUCCUGGACGUGCUGGAGUUUAACCAGGUGAUAAUCUUCGUCAAGUCAGUGCAGCGCUGCAUGGCCCUGGCCCAGCUCCUCGUGGAGCAGAACUUCCCGGCCAUCGCCAUCCACCGGGGCAUGGCCCAGGAGGAGCGCCUGUCACGCUAUCAGCAGUUCAAGGAUUUCCAGCGGCGGAUCCUGGUGGCCACCAAUCUGUUUGGCCGGGGGAUGGACAUCGAGCGAGUCAACAUCGUCUUUAACUAUGACAUGCCUGAGGACUCGGACACUUACUUGCACCGGGUGGCCCGGGCGGGUCGCUUUGGCACCAAAGGCCUAGCCAUCACUUUUGUGUCUGACGAGAAUGAUGCCAAAAUCCUCAAUGACGUCCAGGACCGGUUUGAAGUUAAUGUGGCAGAACUUCCAGAGGAAAUUGACAUAUCCACAUACAUUGAGCAGAGCCGGUAACCACCACGUGCCCCACCAGUCCAGAGCCGCCCACCCGGAGCUGCCCACCUGGAGCCGCCCGCAUGCAGCUUCACCUCCCCUUUCCAGGUGCCACUGUUGAGAAGCUAGAAAUUGUGUGAGAAUAAACUUGUUAUUACGGAAA